AUGAUUGUCAGCUACGACACCUCUUCGAAGCAAUGGCUCCAGGGACCAAAAUUCAGCGGCCGGGAGAACGUGACCGCGAGUGGUUCCCUGGUGAUCCAGGACCUUGAAUUAACUGACAGUGGCAACUAUACCGUGAUGAUGGAAAGGGCCAAUGAGCAGCAACGUGCAACCGGCAGCUUUGUGGUCUUAGAGUUGGACAAAGAACCCAUUGCCACGAGCAAUACCACCUCCGUGGUAGAGAACAUAGAACCCAUAGCAUUCUUCUGCGACACCAAUAACACCAAGAUCACAUGGUACUUUAACUUCAGAAAAGUGUCCAGCAAUGACCGCAUGACCAUUUCCCAAGACAACAAGACGCUCAUCAUUCACAGGCUCCAACGUUAUGAUGAUCGUGUCUAUUGCCAAAUAGUAACUAUCCUAGACCUUGAACAGCAGAGUAACGUCAUCCGGCUGAAUGUGUUCUUUGGACCCGAGUCCAUGUCUAUUAAGAGCACACCUACUGCUAAUGGCUUCACCAGUGUCCUGUCUGCUGAGAUCGGAUCCAAGGUGGAGAUGGAAUGUACGCACCACCAAUCCAACCCAAACCCCAAGUACCGCUGGUUUCACAACAAUUCCCUCCUGACGGUCUCCGGGACCAAGAUGACCUUCACAGUGUCCUGGAAUCGGCUGGGCAAAUACAGAUGUGUCCUGGAGAACUCUGGGAACCAGGUGAUCCUUUACAAAGACAUCCAUGUCCAGCUUCCAGAACCACGAUAUGACCCCAAAGGUCUCACUGUCUCAGGACCUAUGGCUGUGCUGCUCAUUGUGGUGACUGCCAUGGGCGGAGUCUACCUCUGUGGAAUCCUAGUCUACAUGCUGAUCAGCUAUCACACAGUGAGGCCUAACAGAGCUCUGAUUUUCACUCCCCACUUUUCUAGGCUUUAUGUUCAGAAAGCGUUCCGUUCCCCUCGUGUGCAGCCGUUAGCAAACUGUUUUCAGAAUCCGGAAAGCAAAGCAAAGAAGUUGCAAACUGCUUGA